AUGGCCUACAAUUUUCCGGGAGUGCCAGCGGCAGCUAUGCCACCGAUGGGUAUGGGGCCAAUGGGAUCUCUUACUCCAAUUGCAGGACCACAAGGUUUCAUGGAAUUAGCUAGUCAAGGAUUUCCUCCACUACCUCCUCCAAUACCACUGCCUGGAAUGAACGAUUCCCCAUUAGAAUUUAGUACAAAUAAGAAUCAACCUCCAAUAACUAGAGAAUCCUCAGAUGAUAAUAGUGAUAAGAGAAGUGAAAAGAAUGACAUUAGACGAGACAGAGAAAACAGGGAGGGUAGAGAUAAUAGGGAUAACAGAAGAUCUAGAAGCGAAAGAAGCGACAGAAGAGAGAGGGACAGAGAACGAAGAGAAGAAAGAAACGAGAGGGAUCGAAGAGAGGAACGAAGACCGGAAGAACGAAGCGGUAUAAACUCUAUGAGUAACAAUAAUGGUCAUAAUAAUUCAAACAGUAAUGACCUUCCAUCGUCGUCGAACACUAGUGGCACACCGAAUUUAGGACCGCAAAUGGAACAAGCCACAGGUGUUUGGGGAAUGGGAGUAGGAUAUCCCGUGAUGGGAAUGGGUCCGAUAGGACCAAUGGGACCAAUGAUGAGCGAAAUGACGCUUGGUCCGCAUAUGGGACAUACUCAUAGCUACGGACCUAUGAGUAUGGGGAUGAUGUCGCACGAUGGUAGUAUGAUAGGAGCACAAAUAUUAGGUCCAGAACAAAUGAUGAAUGAUGCUGCUCAAAUAAUGAGCGGUGCAUUACCUCCGCCACCGUCAGCACCGCAAGGCACCAAAGAAAUUAUACAUUGUAAAAGUUGUACUCUGUUUCCACCGAAUCCAAACGCACCGCCCCCCACAACUCGGGAAAGGCCUCCAGGAUGUAGAACAAUCUUUGUUGGAGGUUUGCCGGAAAAUAUUACAGAAACGAUAAUUCAAGAAAUAUUUGAAAGAUGCGGCGAAAUAACUACUCUACGGCUGUCGAAAAAGAAUUUUUGUCAUAUACGCUUUGUACUUGAGAGUAGCGUCGACGCGGCUAUUUACCUGUCUGGAUACAGAAUUAGAAUAGGAUCCAGUGGUGAUUCUGUGAACACUGGCAGACUUCACGUAGACUUUGCUCAGGCCAGGGAUGACCAGUACGAGUGGGAAUGUAGGCAACGUCAAUUACAAAGAGAACAACGUCACAGAGAAAGAGUCGAGCAAGAAAGGCAAAGAGCACCGUCUAGCCCUCCGCCGGUCGUACAUUAUACGGACCACGAGGCGUCAAAUAUUUGUGAGAAAAUUAAACAAGAUGACACGUUUAUGAAAGCAGUGCAGGUUGUUGUAACGUGGCUUGAACGGGGGGAUUGUACGAAACGAAACGCGAACACAUUUUACUCGAUGAUUCAGUCGACGAAUUCUCACGUUCGACGGUUACUCACGGAGAAGGUUGCGUACGAGGAGGAACUCCAGAAAGCGAAGGAACUAAUGAAGGGCAGGAUGCAAGGACUCCUAAUACAAUUCAGUCAGAUUGAACGCGUGUUCACUGCGGCCAGCCACAAGAAGGUCUGGGAUCACUUCACAAAGGCUCAACGGAAGAACAUCGAAAUGUGGAAGAAACAAUCCUCGGAGAUCAAAGCGGUGCAACUGGAAGAAAGUCUGUUAGAAGGUGAAGGGGAAAUGGAGGUGUCCGAUUCGGAGGAGGAACCGCAACGGAAGAAGCCACGGAAUCAGUCGGAUCCGCACGACGAUUCCGAGCGACUGCAGGCGUUGAAAGAAGAAAACGACAGUCUACGGUGUCAGUUGGAGGCGUACAAGAACGAGGUGGAUCUGCUGAAAUCCGAGACGAAAAGCGACAUCGACGCGAAGGACAAACAAAUGAAAAUGUUACAGCAAACGUUGAAAGGCAUGCAGGAACAGCUGCUGCAGUCGAGGAAACAGCAGCAGCAAGACGAUCAGAAGAUCAAGGAUCUGACCGUGAAACUGAACGCCACGAAAAAGGAGGAGCCCAGAGAAAGUGAGGUCAUAACGUUGGACAAAGACGACGACAUAAACGAGGAGCCUCGAACUCCGAAGCAAUUGGCAUUAACGUCUAGUUUCGUUCAGAUCACCCAAAAAGAUGCUAAGCUUAUAGGAUUAAUAGCAACAUUUUUACACAUACAUCCGUUCGGCGCCAGCGUGGAUUAUUUAUGGUCGUAUCUACAAAAAAUGGAACAUGGUAUUAAACCGAACGAGGUGGAAGCGCUGAUGCAACGAUUUCCUCAAGUCUUCAAACAGGACUUGUUCGGGAUCGGUGCGAACAUGGAGAGACGUUGGCAGUUCUCGGGUUUCAACGUUUAUCGUAGCCAUUGAGACUGGGUAGAAUCGUACUUGAUAAGGAAUUUUGUAACAUUUUCAUGUCAUGGCGUCCCUCAUUUCAUGUAGAUUCUUGUAAUAUUUGUUUUAGCGUGAGUCUUUAUUUCGGGAAUCCGCCCUUUCCAUACCAAGAACUUGCGAACGAUGAUGAUCAAUUUAAAUAUCGCUAGGAUAUCUUCAUGGCGUAAGAAUAUCGGGGAUACCUGUUUUUUGUUAACCGUUGAGUGCCACUGAUGUUUGUAGGAAUGCGCGUUUAGAACGGUGCUUGAACCGUUAAAGUCGAUGUCAGAUCAACCGACUAUUCAGGCCCAUUCCGAGAGAACGUUGUCCGCGUUGUUCGUCUGGUAACUAUCCGUUUGUACUUAGGGGUGGAUUGAAUCAUCGUUAUUGCAUAGAAAACAAAGUUUGCUUCUGACCAACAGAUAGCCUCGAGUAACCCACUGAUUUGUCGUCGACUUUAAUAAACAAAACCCUUACCUACAACUUGUCAACAUUUUUUUUAACUUGUACACGAAUGCGGUUUUUCCGUGCCAGGCUGAAGUGUAAAAAAUAAUACCAUAUUAAAAUCUGUUAACGGUGCAUAAAUUACAAACAUCCGUUAGGUAUAAUCAAAUAAUGAAACUCAAGCUUUAAUAUUUGUUACGCCCGAAAUCAAUUAACGAUACGUGGUACUUUACACAUCGACUGUUAU